AUGAAGGCAAUUCAUAACUUGGGUCUCUUCAAGUGUUUUUUUAAAUAUAUUUUUAUAUUUAAUAUACACCAAAAAGAGAGACUAAAUUUUAAGAUGCCGAUGUUUAUCAAGCUCUUCUUUUUAACAAUGUGUAUCGCGAUCGUUAACAGCAAACCGAGAAAUGAUUUCGAAAAAACUGUUUCACGCGUUGAAGUUAAUAUAUAUCCAGUUAAUAAACUGUUAACAAAAUCAGUAUUGUACAGUACAUAUUCAAGAUACAAUCCUGAUGACCUAUUUAAUGCCUUUGAAAGGAUUGAACAUAAUAACAGAUUAUUCACAACUAUGUUUCACUUGUUACGUAAUAUUAGAAACAAUUUACCGUCCUUAAACGUUAGUUCUCAAAAUAUAUUCCUUCCUUAUCCUUUAUUAGUUUCAUAUCCAGUUUUAAGGAUUUUAGUAAAUCCAAAAAAUCGUUCUCCUACAUUUUAUGCAACGACACAACUUUCUACGACAAAUUCUCCGCAAGAAACAACCAUAGUACAAGAUUUUGAGGAUGAUGACGAUUCAUAUCGACCAAUCACAUUACUUGAUACCAAGUCAAAGACAUUUGUCGCUGGAAUGUUGGGUACACGAGUUAGGACGAUGCCCGAAGUUGAACAUGGGAGUGUGCAAGCUGGACUACCAACCGACGUAAAUCUAAACGAGCAGGCGAAGGAUUAG